AUGUCAAAAGCCCGAGUACGUCCAUUGCAAUCUAUUAGUAUACCAAGACUUGAGUUACUUGGAGCUGUCCUUGGUUUACGACUUGCAGAGAAGAUUAUCACAGCAUUGAACUGGAAACUAAAGACUCAAAAGUUGAAACCAUUUGUUGCCAACCGCGUUGGAUUUAUUCAAUCAAAGACUGAACUAAAACAAUGGAGAUACAUACCAACAAAAACUAAUGUAGCUGAUUUAUUAACAACAGGAACAACAGUUAAAGAAUUAGAAACUAAUAAAGGAAUCAAGUGGCACUUUAAUGCUCCGCUAGAACUUCAUCUAGGCGGUGUAUUUGAAAUAAUGGUCAAGGCUGUCAAACGUGCAGUUACUGGGAUACUCAAAAAGGCCGAUAUUAAAAAUGAAAAACUCUGUACGGCAUUUACUGGUGCUGAGAAUUUAUUGAACUCUCGCCCAUUAACGUAUCAGAGUGCCGAUAUAAAAGGUAAUAUUCCAUUAACUCCAAAGCAUUUUUUGAUUGGGCAAGUUGGAAGACAAUUCGCACCUGACUCAGUUCAAUCUAAAGGCUAUCAUCCUAAAAAACGCUGGCAUCGAGUGCAAGAACUAAUACGUCAUUUUUGGAAAAAGUGGAUGCGAGAACGGCUUCCAUCUUUAGAUUGA